AUGGAAUAUGCUUUUGUGGUGAAGGGUGUGGCUGAAAGAUUUGCAAAAAUGACCCAAAGAAGAAGGCAACCAUUAGUUUUGUUAGAGAAGGAAAGACUCGCUGAGAUUAAUGAAGAGCUUCGUAUCAGUGGCUUCUCCAAUGCUAAAUGGCUUGAACUUGGACUGAGUUUAGGUCUAAGUCUACAGGCACUGAAAACUAUUGAGACAGACUAUGGAAGACCUGGUGCUAGUCGUUGCUUGAUGGAGUGUCUAGAGAAAUGGCUCUCUAGAGCCGAUAAUGUAACUGGACCAUUGUCUUGGAUCACACUGGCUAAUGGACUAUGUAGAAUUGGAGAAACAUCAUCAGCAGAAAUGAUCAGUAAAUUAUCUGAUCCAGCUAGUGGGGUAUUCCAGCGUUACAGUGUUAGACUGUCUGCAGUGUCCAUCAGUGAGGAGUCAGUUGAUCUGUUAUGUACAGAGAGACUGAUAUCAAAUGAGACCAGGACUGGAGUGGAGAGUGUUGGGGGUUUCCUAUUAGGAGACACACUAAGAGAAAUACGGACUUCAAUAACUGAAGAUCAUAACAAAUUGAGAGCAUUAGGAGACAUCUUACUGAAAUCAGAUGAAGCAAAGACUAUAGGACAAGGCAUACUAAAAGAAUGUGAUGAGUUGUUUCCUGAAUUUGAUGUUGCAUCAACUUUAUCUGUUGCAGUACCUCCUGCAGUCGUAUCAAUUGCUAAUAAUGUUUCAUCAAACGGUAAAACUAUUGCUACAUCAGUAGCUACACCAGUUACCAGCAGUACCAAUCAAUCAACAUUAUCAGCUGGUGAGUUCUUUUUCAAUGCAGCACAUAAGCCAAUCUUUAAUGAGGUCAGAGGAAGUUUUGGUAUUCUUAUUGAUGAGCUGGUUCCAUUAAUUGCUCAAUCAAUUCCAUCAGCUGAAAAAAUGAAGUCGUUCCUUCAACGAUCUUUCCCUGAAUUAAGUGUUGAGCUAUCUAAUGCUGAUGACAUUGACGACAUCAUGAGUAUUAUUGUGAAGAAAUGUCGUGUCAAUGAUAUUUCAAUUAUAAAAACAAUUGUAAAACGUUUCAAAAUCACUGAAGCAAACCCUUUGAUAUCAGAAUAUGAAGAUGAAGUGAAGGUAGUUUGUGGAUCAUUAAAGGAUUUCCUUAGUCAGAAUCAGCCCGAGCAUUUCAAUGAUUUUGAAACAAUUCAGUUUACUUUGGGAUGGGAACCAGAUGAGCACUCACUUGAUGACAUACGUAAUCUCUUAGAGGAAGCAUUUAAAGAAUUAAAUAAGAGGAUUAUUGUACGAAGCAUUCAUCGUGGGAACUCCAUCAUUAUCAUCUGUUAUGCACCACAUCAUUUACUAGCUGCUCUUUUCUUGGAAGCACAAGACAACCUAACUGUCUUGAAAAAGGAAUUUCAUUUAAUUAGACUAACCAUUGGCCACUACACUGUCUAUGAUAAAAGGAUCAGAUACAAAGUAAUGAAUAAUGAGUGUCUUGCAGAGGAGAUUAAACUAGCUGAUGGGGAGGAACAAAAACUGAGGAGUUUACUUGAUUACAAAGAAGGAUCAGUUGUUAAACACAAAAACAUUAUCAGUAAAAGAAAAGAGCGUGAAUUGAAAGUGAAGCUACUGACAAAAGAGAAGUUCAUAAAUAAUAUAUUUAAAUCAAGGAAAUCAGAGAUUCAGUAUCUGCAAACCUCUCUCCUAAUGAAAGCAGGAAGAGAGGAGGCAUUAGUGGAGUAUAAGAAAGAGAUUGAGUUUCUACAAAACAGCGUAUCUCUAAAUAGUAUGCAAUCUGCACACUAUGCAGAAAAGCUGAAGCUAAAGAAGCCAAAUAUUCUGAAGAAGCAUCAAUCUACACAGUCGCUGGUAGUACAUUCACCAUUGGCAGAAUAUCAGAGAGGUGAUCACUUUUUCAGUGAAGAAGAGCAACUAGAGGGAUACAAGGCUCACUCUUAUGAAGCGUCAUUAGAUAAGGACCUUGUUUUUAGUAGUCAUGUUUGCUCAAUGUUGGAAUUCAUUCAAUUGUUUCAGUUCAUGAUAGAGCAAGAAAUCUCUCUUCCUAUUUUACAUAAGAUAAGGAACGAUUUGUCAAGCAAUGAUGAGAAAGCUUCUCUUUUCUCGGAGACUAUUAAUGAUGAUCCUAUCUUGGUAGAUGCACUAAGACAAGACAAGGAGCAACAUGAUAAAGGCAUCUAUCAAUGUGUAAACUGGUACAGUGAUAGUGUAUACCUUCAAUCUGCAUCUCCACUUCAAUCUAGAGAAGUCAUUAGAGAAUUGAAUAUCAAUCACAAGAAAGUAUUGCUUGAACAGCUACCAACUAAUAGUGUAGUAUUGAUGCUAUCGUCGAAGAAGCUUCAUGGACUAAAUUUAAGGAGACUUGAGAUUGAUGCCACUCCGUUAACUAAUGAUUGCAUCCAGUAUUUGUGUACACUACUAACUAACAAUAAACUAAUACAAGAAUUAUUUAUUAAUACUCGCUCCAUUAGUGAUAGAGGAGUUGCUAAUAUCUGUCAAGUACUUGAAAAUAACUCUACACUUACUGUAUUAGAUCGUGAAGAUAAUCCUUUAAUUACUUCUACUAGUUCACAGUCUCUUUCUCAGCUCCUUCUCAAUAACUCAUCACUUAAUAUACUGAAUCUAAGGAGGACUUCAUUGUCUACUGAGGCUGUACUGCUUAUCCUCCAAUCUUUAUCAUAUAACAAGAGCAUAACAAAACUCAGGCUAGAUUAUCGACAUGUAUCAAGUGGUAUUGAUCUUAACUAUUAUCCAAUACAAGACAGAGUAGUCUGGUGGUAACUAUUAAUUAAACAUUUUUUAGCUGAAUUUUUCACAAUAAUUGAUAAUGUGGGUGUAUUUCAUUAGCUCAAUGGCCAUGUGGUGGCAUUAGUAAAAAUGAUAA